AUGUCGUCGCCGGUCAUCUGCACGCAGCAAUACUCAUUCGUUGGUGCACUGAGUGACGAGUGCCUGCUUCCAGCGCUUGCUGGAAGCGCAGUGCUUUUUGCUUUACAUGUGUAUGCUUAUGAGGAUCCAAACGUGGACUACGAGAUGCUGCUUAGAGGAUUACGAGCCUAUGCUGAGCGUGCCUCGAAGCAGCGCACGACAAACUUGGAUCGAGUUUCAAAGACCACCAAGGAAUUGCUGGAAAAAAGAAGGGCUUCGAGGCUUGAUCCGAAUGCAUCACACAUUGAGCGGCAGAAGAAGAUUCUGGAAGCAGCAAAAAGAAGAACGAGUCUAAAGAAGUGCCGCAGGGAUCUCCGCGAAUAUAAUAUUCCGCUAGCAGCCUUGCUGAGCGAACACGGGACUCGCACGUCUUCUCGACGUGAGAUGCAAAUCAUUACGGAGAGGACGCUGGAUGAAGCCCAGCCUCAAGAACAAGCUGGAUUCCGCCAGAGGUUCAGCUGUUUGGACCACAUCCAGACCAUAGAGGUUUGCCGGGAAUAUCGUCUGCCCCUUGUUCUGACCUUCGUCGACUAUGAGAAAGUCUUCGACAUCGUAGAAUUGAGUGCAAUAUUGUCAGCGCUGGUCGAUCAAGGUGGUGACGCUUUGUAUGUGAGGACAUUAGCCAAUUGUUACGAUCGAUGCACCACAGAGAUACAGCUUUUCCACCGCUCUCUCACCAUACCCAUUGGAAAGGGGGUACGACAAGGCGAUACUGUAUCGCCGAAGCUGUUCACGGCUGUACAUUGCAGUGGAUAG